AUGAGUAGCAGGAGAGGUGCAAUUGCCAUAAAAAAUUGGAAACCAGUCAGAUUCCUUUCCAAAAGCCAGGCAUGUUUGCAAAAUCUCCAGAAUGCACCAAAGUAUACAUUCUCCUCGGCAUCAGAAAUGUCACACUUUAAUGCCCUUGCUUCAUCAUGGUGGGACGUCAACGGUCCUCAGCGUAUUUUGCACAAGAUGAAUUUGUUAAGAAUGGACUUUAUAUAUGAAACAAUCCUGCUGCAUACAAAACUAAACGCUAAUGUCAAUUCAGCGGACGAUGAAAUUUACAUUCCUCCGUAUAAUGUUGACUUGUUGCCAGUACCGGUGAGAGAAAGGAUAAUUCUCGACCAAGAGGAGAGAAAAGAGGAGAUAUUGGAAGCAAGCAAACUAAAGGUUCUAGAUGUAGGGUGUGGAGGUGGUAUUUUAUCGGAAUCAAUGGCAAGAUCUCCAUUUGUGUCUAGUGUGAAAGGAAUAGACUUGUCAACUGAUGUUUUAGAAGCAGCAAAAAUUCAUAAGGCCAAGGAUCCAAUGUUGGAAAAUAAAUUACAAUACGAGUUGUCAGCCAUUGAAAAUAUACCAAAAGAAGAAAGGUUUGACAUUGUUACUAUGUUUGAGGUCUUGGAACAUGUGGACUACCCAUCUAGGGUACUCCUUGAAGGUUUGGAGAGAUUGAAAGUAGGUGGAUGGUUGUUUCUUUCGACGAUAAACAGAGAUCCAGUGAGCUGGUUUACGACGAUAUUAAUGGGUGAACAUAUUUUGAGGAUUGUACCUGUUGGCACACACACAUUGGAAAAGUACAUUAAUCAAUAUGAAAUUAAAGAUUGGGUUGAAGAGGAUGCCAAUAGAAGGGAAAAGUAUAAAGUCGUUGAUACUAGAGGAUGCGUGUAUGUCCCUGCCUAUGGAUGGGAGUUUACUUCGUGUCCAAAUAUUGGCAAUUAUUUCAUGGCUAUACAAAGAAAAUUCUAA